UUGUUGUCAAACGGUCUGUGGUUGUUGUCCUUAACAUUUUAACGUUAGCGGUUGAUAGCUAAUUUACUACCAAAAUCAAGAUGUGGCAGCCUGAUCCUUUCCAUAAUGAGUUGGUCUUUGUUAUGGAUGAAUUAAUGACGUCGUUGGAGGAUGAAAUUGACAAAUGUAUGGCGGUCUUAGUCUUUUCCACACAAGACAGGACAGACAUUGAUGCAGGGGAGACGGGGGAAUUUGAAAGAGAAUCCAAGUUGGAGGUUAAAGUCCAGUUGACAUGUGUGAUGAAACAGUUCGUGAAACAGACUCUCACCAAAAUCAACCAGUUGAUCUCCAAAGGCACUGAAGCACUGCGUUCAGAGAUUUGCCAGAGUCAAAGUGAGAUGAAAUCUCUGAAAAUGAAGUUAUUGGAGAUGGCUGAUGGUAAGGAAGCACCUGAAAAUACAGUGGAAAGAACCCCACAGACAGAGGAAGAGGAGGAAUGGACGGAAGCACCUUUAUCACCAGAGUUUGCAGAGGAUUUUGAGGUUGACGUGCCAACUCCCAGUGGUGAGGCUGACAACACUACAAAUGUCAAGAAGGAGGCCACGAUCAGAGCUAAAACCAUAGCGAUGGAACAGUCAUUUAUAUCUCUAGCUAAAAUACCUUCCUCCUCACUCAUUGAGUCUAUCAAACAGGUGGCUAUUACAGACAAACAGGCAGCAAGCAGGCCUACAGACAAACAGGCAGCAAGCAGGCCUACAGACAAACAGGCAGCAAGCAGGCCUACAGACACACAGGCAGCAAGCAGGCCUACAGACACACAGGCAACCCAGGAGGAAGAAGAGAAUAGAAGCGCAACCCACAGCGGCAGAAUCAGACGGAAGUGA